GCACCGGAGCCAGCGGACUCCUGGAUGGGUAUCCGCGAUGCGACCAAGCCAGGCAACAAGUGUCUUCAAUUUGACAUGUUCAGUAAGCAGCUCGUGGGCGACGAGGACUGCCUGGUGCUCAACGUCUUCUCGCCGUGCCUGCCCAAGGGAGGAAAGAGCGACAAAUUGCAUCCGGUGCUCGUGUGGAUUCAUGGGGGUGGAUUCGUAGGAGGCUACAGCGAUUUGUACGACCCGGAGCCGUUCAUGGAUUAUGGAGUAGUGGUGGUCACCAUUAACUAUCGAGUUGGGCCUCUUGGGUUUCUCGGACUUAACACAACGGGGGCUCCAGGCAACGCAGGUCUCAAAGACCAGGUGCAGGCGCUGCGAUGGGUCAAGGACAACAUCUCCACUUUCGGCGGAGACCCCGAGAACGUCACAGUCUUCGGAGAAAGCGCGGGCGGCGCCUCUGUACAUUACCUGGUCUUGUCUCCUUUAGCAAAGGGUCUGUUCCGUCGGGCGAUCGCGCAGAGCGGCAGCGCGCUGUGCCCGUGGGCUCUGUCCCGAGACCCCGUGGGGCGCGCCAAGCGCCUGGCGCUGGCGGCCGGCUGCGACUCGUCCGUGGUGGAGGACCCGGCCGCGCUGCUCGAAUGGUUCCUGAAGGUGCCGGCGCACCUGCUGGUGGGCGCGAUGGAGGCGGCCAAGACGGCGGACGAGCGGCGGCGCGGGCUGGUGUUCACGUUCGUUCCGUGCGUGGAGCCACACCACCGCGGCGCCUUCCUGGCCGACGACCCGGCCGCGCUGCUCGCCUCCGGAGAUAUCAACCGCGUGCCGCUCGUCAUCGGCCUCUGCUCACACGAAGGCAUCCUGGCUUUGCCUGGCACCCUUCUGCGCCUGGGGUUGGUGCCGAUGCCGAGCCCGGGGGGCGAGUCGCCGGCCACCCCCGAGGCGGCGGCGAAGGCGCUGGAGGCGGCGGAGGCCAAGGCCAUGGAGGCGGUCGCCGCCGACCUGGAGCGAGUGCUGCCCGAGGACAUCCUGCUGGGCAAGAAGAACCUGCAGCGCUCGCGACAGCUCGUGGAGACCCUCAAGGACUACUACUUGGACGGAAAGCAGCUCACCGACGAGACGCUUGAGGGAUUUGUGCAUUUUGCUUUCAUUGGCCGCAAUAACUUCACAGAAUACCUGCUGCAAGGCUGUAAAGUAAAAGGCGCAAGCCACGGUGAUGAGAUGGGGUACAUGUUCAAUAUGCCAAUAGCUCCUCCUGUGGAGAACGGAGGCCAGGAGGAGCUGACGAAGAAACGAUUGUUGACGAUGUGGACUAAUUUCGCCAAGGGCGGGAACCCAACUCCAGCUCAGGACAAUGUGAUAACUGCAACUUGGCUUCCUUACUCUCAGCAUGCUCCCAAUUAUCUUCAGAUAUCCGAAGAUCUCAAGGCAGAUUCUGGAAUCUUGAAGGAGCGUGUAAAAUUCUGGGAAGAUUUAUACCGCAAAUAUUAAAGAAAUUUAAUGAACAUUGUUGCAUAAACUAUUACCCUCUAACUCGUAGACUUUUCAUUGACACUAAUUUAUUUUUAGAAGCACAGUUGUAAAAUUGUGUGUUUUAAAUAUAAUGUCU